AUGUCGAAUUCAGAUUCAAAGAAAACGCCGAAGCCAGACAAUCACUGGUUAACGAAGUCCGAAUUGUUCAUAAUUACACAUCUAUCUAUCUAUCUAUCUAUCUAUCUAUCUAUCUAUCUAUCUAUCUAUCUAUUCUAUCCCAGUCUCUUCUUAUCUAUCUAUCUAUCUAUCUAUCUAUCUAUCUAUCUAUCUAUCUAUCUAUGUAAAUCUCUUUCUGUCACUCUCUCUCAGUCUGUUCAUAUCUAUCUAUCUAUCUAUCUAUCUAUCUAUCUAUCUAUCUAUCUGUCUGACUGUCUAUGUAAAUCUCUUCCUGUCAUUCUCUCUCUCUCUCUCUCAGUCUGUUCAUAUCUAUCUAUCUAUCUAUCUAUCUAUCUAUCUAUCUAUCUAUCUAUCUAUCUAUCUAUCUAUCUAUCUCAGUCCGUUCAUAUCUAUCUAUCUAUCUGUAUCCGACUACUUAACCCCCCACCACCACCCACUAAUAUCUCCAUCUUUAUUAUCCUUUCAAUGUUUCUCUUUUUCCCUCACUCCGUUUCUUCGACUUUUUCCCCCCUUUUUUACCGAUGCCAAUUCCCUUCUUCCUUUCCGCAUCGCUGCACCUUUCACUUAUACUUUUCUCAAGAACUUCUUUUCUCAAGAAAACUUAGCCAAUAG